AUGAAAAACUUUCUUUCUCGAAAGAUAAUUAGAUUUCAAAUUGCUUUGUUAGUAAUCACAUGCAUCUUGUAUUUUCUUCAAGACCCGACUAUUGAGGAGGAGGCGUUUAUGGAUAUGUAUCAACUCUCUGAAAAAUAUGGAUACAAGAUAUAAAAUCAUUAAGUCAUUACUGAGGAUGGCUACAUCUUAGCUCUAUAUAGAAUGACCUAGCAAAAUGACACACCAGUUAGACUAGAAAAUGGCAAAAUUCAAUCUGUUCUAAUCAUUCAUGGAAAUAUGGAGCCUCCAAAAGCAUUUAUGCAUAAUGGCCACAAAUCACCAGCCUUUAUAUUAGCAAGGGAAGGAUUUGACGUAUGGUUUGGAAAGAAUCGAGGUAAUGGUGAGAGUAGAAAGCAUCAAUGGUUAGAUCCUGAGAAUGAUAAAGAAAAAUUUUGGGAUUUUAGUAUACAGGAGUUGGGAGAGCAUGAUGUUCCAGCUUUUAUCAAAUAUAUUGUAACUAAAAAUGAGGGGUCUAAAGUAUCUUAUAUUGGUUACUCCUAAGGAGUAGGUCAAUUCUAUUAUGCCAUGUCAGGAGGUUGUACUGGCAAUGAAACAAUGAGAGAAUUUUAUCGGGAAAAUAUCAAUGCAUUUAUCAGUCUUGGGACGACUGUUAAGUUUUUUAAUGCAGAUAGCUUUAUCAUGGUUUAUAGUAGUAUUUUCUUACCACUCUUAUAGUUCUUGUCUAACACUUUUGGUAUAUAUGAAUUAAAAUAGGCUCGUAGUGAUUUCAUGGUAAGAAAUGUAUGCAUGAAAUUUCCUUGGAUUUGCUUGAUACCGAAUUACUUAUUGACAGAUUCUUCUUUAGAAAUAAAUGAUUAUAAUGCAGUAAGAAGAGAAUCAGCAAAGCCACAUGGAGAAACUGGUAUAAGAACGCUUCUCCAUCCAGCAUAAUUGUCAUAAGUUGAUAAGUGGCAGUGUUAUGAUUUUGGACUUGAACGAAACAGACUUUAAUAUGGGCAAGAUCACCCUCCUGAGAUACCUAUCCAUACAAUCAAAGAUAUACCUAUUGCUAUUUAUCAUGGAAUAUAUGAUAGGCUAACGCAUAUUAAGGAUGUGGAUUGGCUUAGAGAGUAGCUCAAUCAUACUAUCGCUUUUUAUGGGGAGUAUGAAUUAGGUCAUACUACUUUUAAGACUGCUAAGAAUAUGUCUUAUUUUGAAGUUGAUGUUGUCAAUGUAUUAAAAGCCUAUGCUAAAAAAUGA